GCGGAAGUGGUUGGCUGAUGUGGACAUAGGAGAAUGAACUGUAGCUAUCUGUGUUGUAAAACGGAUUCUUUUAAUUUAAGUCGCGUUUUUGCACAGAGCUUACACAGCUGCAGACAUGGAGGUCCCUUGCUACAUGCCCAAACUGCUGUUUGAGCUCAACGAGCAGCGGAAACGGGACUUCUUCUGUGACUGCAGCAUCCUUGUGGAGGGCCGUGUCUUUAAAGCCCAUCGUAAUGUGUUGUUUGCUGGAAGUGGCUAUUUUCGGGCUCUUCUGGUCCACUAUCUGCAGGAUAGUGGACAGCGCUACAGCACAGCAUCGUUGGACAUCGUUACGGCUGAUGCCUUCUCUAUUAUCCUGGACUUCCUUUACUCUGGCCGUUUGGCCCUGAACAGAAGCAAUGUCAUCGAGGUGAUGUCAGCGGCCAGCUACCUGCAGAUGACUGAUCUGGUAAACUUUUGUAAAGGCUACAUACGCUCAUCUUUGGAAAUAUGCAACAAGGAGAAGGACAGAAACACAGAGAAGGAGGACCAGACCCAGACCGGAGGGAGUGGACCUGCAGACAGCGGCACUCCUGCUGCAGAAACCUCCAGCGGUGCUGCGGCUGAGGAGCCACAUUCACAGGUUGCAGAGGCUGAUAGAGGGGCGGGGUUAGGUCAAGUGUCUGUGACUUCUAUCCCUGGCACUUCAACUCCCAGCACCAGCAGGGACAUGGACAACGACUACCACUCCAGGGAAGGAUUUUCAACUGUGAGGGAGGGACAAAAGGUACACUUGGAUCAGACUAACCUCUCGUCGUCAUCGUCGUCUGUGUUGACCCCCGAGUUAGUGCACCCCAAGAUAGAGUAUGACCCCGACGAGGAGCUCAUAGAGUCCCCUGACACUAAGGAACUGGUCCCAUACCCUGGGCCUUCUCUUCAUAACCCUCAUCACAGCCGGCUACUUCCACCCUCUCCCUCCAGCGAGCGCUCUCCCAUGGGGUACGGCUCCUCCUACAAUGCCAGGCAGGUGAUGGAGAUGCUGGCCAGAGGUGAAGGCUCCAGUCCUCUGGGAGACAGAGUGGGGCAGCGCUUCAACCAGGGACUCAGUAGCAGCACAGGAGCAAGUAGAAUGGAUGAAGGUUUAGGGUUUGUGGGGUCAUCUAUCAUGGAGAUCCAGUCUGAUUGGCUCGGAGAGGACACAGGAGACGGUUUGGUAGUGCCAGUGAAACUCCACAAGUGCCCGUUCUGCCCCUACACUGCCAAGCAGAAAGGAAUUAUGAAGAGACACAUCAGGUGCCACACUGGAGAGAGGCCUUUCCCCUGUCCAAUGUGUGGCAAGAGGUUCACGCGACAGGAGCACCUCCGCAGCCAUGCGCUCAGUGUCCACAGGCACUACUGGCCAGUGUCGUGUAAGAGCUGCAGGAGAACCUUCACUGGAUCCAGCGUUUCCCCAGGACUGAAACGCUUCGGCGUCUGUGACAGCUGCAACUGCGUGACCACCACUCAUGAGGAUUCCGUCCCCGUUCAUCCUGCCAGCCAACAAGAGUCUAUUGAACGUGCAGACGGGGGUACAGAUUGGUCCAGUUUUAUGGAUGACGUUGAUGAGGUGGAGGUUGGCAGAGUGGAGGACUUGGUUGAGAAACAGAUGCUUGAAAGGCAGCUUGCUGCUUGCACUGAUGUCGGUCACACACUGUGAUACUGUAGCUCAGAGGAGAAAAAGUCCUUCAACUGUUCUAAUGUCCUGGCUAAAGAGUGGCCAUAAUGUUAUUUAUACUUAAUUGUGCUUGUAAGAUGACUUCAUGUGUUCAUUUUAAUCUGAUAAUGUGUCUCCUCUCUGUUGGAAGCCCCCUUCAGUGGAAACAAAUGGAUUCAGUGCUCCUUUUCCUUUUGCAGUGCAGUGAAAAAGUGUUUAACCCCUUUCCUGAUUUCUUUCUUUGCACAUCUGCCACAAUCAAAUGUUUCAGGUCACCAAACAAAUUUAAUAUUAGAAAAGAUAACCCAAGUAAACACACAAAAAAGAUGAUUUCAUUUAUCAAGGGGAAGGCCAUCCAAAUCUUCCUGGCCCUAACUGCAGGCGAGCGUUUGCAGCAUCUCAAUCGGAUUUAAGUCCAGACUUUGACUAGGCCACUCCGCAACCUUCAUUUCUUAAGCCACUCAGAGGUGGGCUUGCUGGUGAGGUUUGGAUCGUUGUCCUGUUGUAUAACCCAAGUAUACUUGAGCUUGACGCCACAAUCUGAUGGCUGGGCAUUCUCCUUCCGGAUUUUGUGAUUCCAUCAGUUAAGAUAAGUGGUCCAGGUCCUGAAGCAGCAAAGCAGCCCCAGACCAUCACACUGCCACCACCAUGUCUGUUGACAUGAAGUUCUUCUGAUGAAUGCUGUGUUAUUUUUACUCCAGAUGUAACGGGCCGCACACCUUCCAGAAAGUUCUACUUUUGUCUCGUCAGUCCACAGAAUAUUUCUCCAAAAGUCUUGGGGAUCAUCAGGAUGUUUCUUGGC